CGAGCGCGGGCACAUCGCGCUUGAUCGCGCAUCGUGCUGUACUUAAGGACCUUUAAGCACCACGAUUUACACAGUGCGGUGUUGAGUUCGGUUCAACUCAUGUCCGAGUUGUAUCGACAUUUGCGAACUUGCAGCGAAGGUAUUCAUAUUCCUCUCAAAUCAUCGAAGAAUCAGUUAGCCAAGUCAUGAAGUAUAUUCUGGUGACCGGCGGUGUGAUCAGCGGCGUGGGCAAGGGCGUCAUCGCCAGCUCGUUCGGCACUAUCCUCAAACACUGUAACAUUCGCGUGACAUCCAUCAAGAUUGAUCCUUACAUCAAUAUCGACGCCGGGACGUUCUCGCCCUAUGAACACGGAGAAGUUUAUGUACUCGACGAUGGUGGUGAAGUGGAUCUUGAUUUGGGCAACUACGAGCGUUUCCUGGAUAUUACUCUUCAUAAGGACAAUAAUAUAACAACAGGAAAAAUUUAUCAACAUGUUAUUACAAAAGAGAGACAUGGAGAUUACUUAGGAAAAACAGUACAAGUUGUACCUCACAUCACUGAUGCUAUUCAGGAAUGGGUGGAAAGAGUUGCAAAUCAGUCUGUAACAGAAGAUGGAGCUAAACCAGAGGUUUGCAUAGUGGAAUUGGGUGGCACAAUAGGUGACAUAGAAGGGAUGCCAUUUGUAGAAGCAUUUAGACAGUUUCAAUUUAGAGUGAAGAAAGAAAACUUCUGUGUUGCCCAUGUAUCUUUAGUGCCACAGCCAAAAUCAACAGGCGAACCCAAGACAAAACCAACGCAAUCUAGUGUUAGGGAGUUACGUGGAUUAGGUUUAUCACCCGACCUUAUAGUUUGUAGAUCGGAAAUGCCUAUUGGUAAUUCCGCCAAGGAAAAAAUUUCAAAUUUUUGUCAUGUCGCUCCAGAACAGGUCAUCACUAUUCACGACUUAACGUCCAUAUACCGAGUACCUCUUCUUAUGGAGUAUCAGGGUGUUAUAGAAUUUCUCAAUGAUCGAUUGCAACUGAAUAUCGGAAUGCCGCGCCCGCGUUCCUUUAUGCGAAAAUGGCGAGAUUUAGCUGAUCGCGUGGAUCAUUUGCGGAAAGAUGUUAACAUCGCUCUAGUGGGAAAAUAUACAAAACUCGAGGAUUCUUACGCUUCUGUUACAAAAGCAUUACAACAUGCUGCCAUUGAGGCGGGUUAUAAAUUGAACUUGACGUUUAUUGAAGCUGCUAAUCUAGAGCAAAUUACAUUAAUGGAAAAUCCAGUCUUAUAUCAUGAGGCUUGGCAACAGCUUUGUAAAAGCAAUGGCAUUAUUGUACCGGGUGGCUUUGGUAAAAGGGGAUUGCAAGGAAAGAUAGAGGCCUGUCGAUGGUGCAGAACAAACAACAAACCAUUCCUUGGUAUCUGUCUGGGUCUGCAAGCGGCGGUCAUUGAAUUAGCGCGAAACGUAUUGAAUCUUCAAUCGGCGAACUCUACAGAAAUUGAUCCACAUACUAGUAGUCCUGUGGUAAUAGACAUGCCAGAGCACAAUCAGGGAAUUAUGGGGGGAACUAUGAGACUUGGCAAGAGACAAACGCGUUUCUGCAACAAUAAUUCGGUCUUAAAGAAAUUGUAUGACAAUAAAGAUGUCAUAGAAGAAAGACAUAGGCAUAGAUACGAAAUAAAUCCAGAUUAUAUUCCAGAUUUAGAAGCAGCAGGUUUAAAAUUUGUAGGUCGUGAUGAUGAUGAAAAUAUAAGAAUGGAAAUCGCUGAAUUGGAAGGACAUACUUAUUAUGUAGCUACGCAGUUUCAUCCUGAGUAUCUAUCAAGGCCUUUAAAACCCUCACCGCCGUUCCUCGGUUUAAUUUUAGCCAGUGUAGGCAAACUGAAAUAUUAUGUAGCACGAGGGUGUAAAUUUUCACCUCGCCAACAGAGCGAUAAUGAAUCAGACGAUGACUACAUGUUGGAGAGAGUGUCAAAAUUGCAAUUGUCUAGUAAUGCUAGUAGAAGUGGUAGUAAUAUGUCAGAACUCAAUGAUACUUUGUAUUGAGUAUAAUUUAUUAUAGCAAAUUUAUCUUGUGUCAUUCCAUUUUUCUAUAAUCUGCUCUACAUAUCUUUCUCUAAUCUUACAUAAUAUAUAAUUAAAAAUUGAAAUAUGAUACACACAUGAAUGUGAUAAGUAUAUUUGUACAUAUUAAGUUACUAUGAAACCUCGUGUUUUUUUGUUAUAUACUAUAUAUAUAUAUAUAUAUAUAUAU